AUGAUAAGAAAAGCUGUUUUUGUGAUGGAUAUCAUCGUUAUUUUGCUUGCAGUAGCUAUAUCACGAACGGAAGCGCAAACAACGAACAAUCCGUUUUCAACUAAUACUAUAACAGUGCCAAAAACUUUUCUGGAAGAACUUCGUACGAAACUAAGAGAGAAAAAUUUACUCAUUGAACCAGAUAUGACAAGUAAAGACGAUGGUGGUUUACUUGAAAUGUACAAUGCAGUUGAUACUGGUCAUGAUAAUAUGGAUGGAAUCGAGAGAGCAAAUUAA